CUUUAAGGAAUUAAAAGGAUCCACUCCUCAGCCAAUAAGAAGUUCCCGUGGCUCCCACGCUGUCCUAUCAGUGGCGGAGGGGCGGAGCUCUGGCAGCACUUCUCGGUGCGUGGCUCUGAAUUUUUCAGCCGUUCACUUUUCAGCUGGUAAAAGCGGUUCGGGCGGCGGAGCGGAGCGGCCACGCAGUCUGAGCCGGGCCGUAUGGAGUGACCAGCCGAGGACCCCUCUUCCCCCACACACACUGAAAACUCACGCAAACCCCCCGGCGUGUGUUUAUACUCUCCUUUAUCUCCUCUUUCUGGCUCCCAUUUUGAUAGUUUAGCCCAAAGUUUGGGUCGGGCCGCAUCGUCGUCAUGUCGCAGCGGCUUCGUAAAAACGGCUCGCCGACGUCGAGCUGCGGGGUGAGCGGCGGAGCGGCGGCCGGAGCUUCGGGGAUCAGCGCCGGGGUCAGUCUGCUGACUCGCCUGCUGCCCAUGAAAGCCACCGUCCCGUUCCAGCUCAAGCCACAGCCGCAGCAACAGUUACAGCCCCAGCAGCUCCCUCUGGCGGCCAGGACGGUGCUGUCGGCCGCGGCGGCUGCUGCGGGAAGCGGCGCCGGCUUGAAGUGCCUCGGCGGCGGCUGCGACUCUGCUGGAUCCCGCUGCUCUGCUAACCGGAGCCCCACAAGAGUCGCAGCCUCUGCAGCUCUGAGCCCGUCCUGCUCCUCUUCUUCCUCCUCCUGCUCUUCCUCCUCCUCUUCGUCAACACUCAGAAGUAGCCCUACUCUCGCUUCAUACGUGGCCGCGUCCACUGCCCCACCUGCUGCCGCAGGUAGCGCGAGAUCCUCCCAGUCUCAGGCGGCCUCACUUCUGUCCAGCGCUGGUAGCCCUGCCGGCCCCGCUGGCGCUGCUCUCGGACUCUCUACCCACACCUCCUCCUCCUCACAGCUGCAGCAGUCUAGCUGCUUCACGGACACUGUGGUGCUGACCCCACCGACCUCCUCUUCAUCUUCCUCCUCAUCAUCAUCCUCCUUUUCGUCUUGUGGUCACAGGGGUAAAGCUCCGGCACCCCCUCAGUGCUGCUCCCCGGACAAUGACAGACUGUCCCCGGAGAGAAUAAGCCCCAGCUCGCCUGUCUGCAAAGAGAGGCCCAGGCUUCCGCUGGCUGGCCCAGUGUGCAGCAGUAGCAACGGUAUCGGCAGCAGCGGUGGCGGCAGCAGCAGCAGCAGCAGUAGCAGCAGCAGCAGCAGCAGUAUCCGCCGUACCUCCUCACUUGACGCCCUCACAGGCCCCUACCUUUCAGGCCACUGGCCCCGGGAUGCCACCCACGCCCCCUGUGGUCCCUGCAUGAGGGACAAAGCCACCCAGACCCCCAGUGCGUGGCUGGAUGAAAGCGAGGAGAAGAGGCGGAGCUGUCACCAGCGCUCGGCAUCCUGGGGCAGCACUGACCAGCUUAAAGAGAUCGCCAAGUUGAGGCAGCAGCUCCAGCGCAGUAAACACAUCAGCCGGCACCAUCGUGAUAAGGAACGCAAAUCCCCCUUCAACGGUAACCAUGUCUCCAUCAACCAAUCACAGGCUCCGAUCCCAAAAAGCGUCCUGAUCCCCAUCCCCAUCUCCAAAUCCUCCGUCUCACGCUUCCGCAACAGUGUCGAGGGCCUGAACCAGGAGAUCGAGCGCAUAAUCAUCCGAGACUCAGGAGAGAAAGAAGAACAGCUUAUUCCUCAGGAUGCCCCCGACGGGCACCGCGCACCCCCUCCUCUGUGCCCCCGCAGUGCCAGCUCCCGCAGCAUCGACACACAGACGCCCUCCGGCAUCAUGGCUGGCAGUAACCAUAGUAACAGCAGCAGCCGUUCCCAGUCUGUCUCACCCGCCUUCCUGACCGUGCCCAGUGAGCCCUGCAGCGAGAGCCCCUCGCCUAACGAGGAACCACUCAGCGACUGCCGGGACAAAGAUUUGGCUCCUGGCUCUCCUCUGCCCAAAUAUGCCUCCUCACCCAAACCCAACAACAGCUACAUGUUCAAACGGGAGCCUCCUGAGGGCUGUGAGAGAGUCAAGGUCUUCACUGAGGAAACACAGGCCAGGCCUCCGCAAGAGAUCCCACAGUUCCUCUGCCCAGACAGGAACAAGGUGAACUUCGUCCCCAAAAGCGGCUCAGCCUUCUGCCUGGUCAGCAUCCUCAAGCCCCUGCUUCCUGCGUCGGAGCUUAACCUGAAAAACCAGGGCAGUCUGGGGCCCGUUCCAAACGAGCCUGAGCAGAAAGUAUCCCGGGGGACCAGCACCCUAUCCCAGCAACCUUCAUCCUCAUCCUCCUCCUCCUCCCUGUCCUGCCUCUCGCCACACCUAGAGGACCCAGAGAGCUAGAUAUGCAAACACAAACAGGCCCAGCCCACCUCCCACCCUUCCCCCAAGAGGCCGAAUCUGAGCACAGCACAGCACAGCAAACAAUGUUACGAAUCAAACCUGCAAAAAAAAAAACAAUAAAAUAAUAAUAAAAGCAGGUAGGCACAAAAAACACAAUAAAGAGAGAGAGAGAGAAAGAAAGAGAGAAGCAGAAUAAAAUAAAAUAAAAAAUUAAUAAAGUAAGGCCUUUAUUUUGGUAAUGUCAGUUUCUAUUUAACGAGAUGAUGAGAUGACGAGAUGACGAGAUACUGAAAUCGCUAUGCUAUUUGCUAUGCAGCUUUUUAGGUUUGUACUUGUAAUACUUAAAGACCAGGAGGACUUAUUUUCUGAGGGUUUUGAUAAGAGAAGAAUAGAUCUAUUUUUAUUGUACUGCUACCUUUGAUAGAUUUAAACAAUUGAUUGAUUGACUGACUGAGAGUGGAGACGUGUGGAUGAAUCCCGUAUGCUGUAGUUAAGCAAGGACACAAAUCCUCCCACCCACCUACCCACAUAUACUCACACACAUGCGCGCACACACAUAGAGAGAGAGCAUCUGCUCAGACUUAGCUUUCUCUGAGCUCAAGGCCUGAGAGACUGUGAGAGACUGUAUUGUGUUUAUAGCUUGCCGUGUAUCUCUUUUGGAGAACUGGAUUUUUAUUAUUCUUCCUAGAGUUGGAACAGCGCAUCAUUGGAUACGAAAUGAUGUCUUCUGAACAUUUCAAUUAGACAAGACCAAGAGACCUGGUAUGCUGGGUUGAUGAAGGCUCUGUCAUAGUAGUGACCGUUUGACUGGACUGCUUCCUUAUCUUCCCGCCUGCGUGCACAUGGUGUGGUCUGAACACCGUGAGGAGGAGGAGGAGAAGAGAAGAGCAGGAGAGACUGAUCUUCUUUUUUUUUUUUCUUUUUUUUUUAUGUGUGUGUGUGUGGUGGGGACAGACUGAUUGACCUCCACUGGCCUUUACACACACCCUUCCUCCCUCCCUCUCUCUUUUUCUCUCCAUGGCCAGUGAGAGGAAUGGGGAAAGUGAGGAGAAAUGGGAGGGAAAAAAGCAAGACUUUGAGAGAGAGAACGCGAGAAAAAAAAAAGACGAGUGCUCUGCAAACGAGAUGCCUUUGUUUGCUUGGCCGUAAAAUGCGUUUGAAAUGCAUUUGGGUCCAAAUGCUGAACUUCAAACACAUCAGGGAACAAAGAGAGAGUGAGAGAGAGAGAAAGAGAGAGAGAGAGAGGUGAAUGAAGAGAUGCUGACAGCCAGGAUGAAUUGAGUGUGUGUGUCUGUCUGUGUGUGUGAUUGCUCUCUUUUCUCGCCGACUGAUAAGGCUAAGACUUGAAUGGAGGGCACUGUGACACUGAGAGAGAAAAAACGGAUGAAUUCGGAACUUCAAGCGAAGUGUUUAACGAAACAUAAAUGAGUCAGUUUUACAGAUUAACUCUAGUCAUCAUUUCUAAUCUAAUGACGAUUAUGCUGCAUUCCAUUUACCACAGAACUUAAAAAUGGGAAGGUUAUAGCAUUCCACUUAAACAUUCCAAUAAUUGUACACUAAUGUAAAUCAGCUAGCAAAAGAUUUGUUGCAGUUUACCACAAACUGGUUUGACAAUCCUUUUUUUGGAGUUUUAUGGCAAAUACAAACUAAAUAUGUCCCAGGUUAGCAUUGUUAGCAAUGCUGUUUAAACAACAUGUCCAUAGAUAGAAGUUGGACAGUGCUGUUCAUAUGACUGAUUUAAUUAGAUACAGCUCUGAAAGAAAAUAAGAGACCACUUAAAAAUUGUUAUUAUUAUUUGAUUUUACCAAAUUGAAAACCUCUGGAAUAUAAUCAAGAGGAAGAUGGAUGAUCACAAGCCAUCAAACCAAGCUGAACUGCUUGCAUUUUUGCACCAGGUGUGGAAAAAUGUUAUCCAAAAGCAGUGUGUAAGACUGGUGGAGAAAAACAUGCCAAGAUGCAAGGAAUCUGUGUUAUUAUUCCACCAAAUAUUGAUUUCUGAACUCUUAAAACUUUAUAAAUAUAAAACCUAUUUUCUUUGCAUUAUUUGAGAUCUGAAAGCUAUGCAUCUUUGUUGUUAUUUCAGCCAUUUCUCAUUUUCUGCAAAUCUCUAAAUAACAAUAUUUUUAUUUGGAAUUUGUGAGAAAUGUUGUCUGUAGUUUAUAGAAUAAAACAACGUUUAUUUUACUCAAGCAUAUAUCUAUACAUUGUGAAAUCAGAGAAACUGAUUCAGAAACUUGAGUGGUCUCUUAUUUUUUUCCUAACGCUGUAGACAGACACGAUAAUACAUUUUUAAUACUAACUCUGGAUUGGUGAGACUCUUAAUUUUCUGAGUGGAAAAUCCUUGAAGGAGCAUUCCAGUUGAAAUGUCCUUUUUGGAUCUCAGAAAUCCCGACCGAGUCAGAGUUGAAAUGGAAUGCAGCAAUAGCCUGUGCCGCACUGGAUUGGUCAGCUUCAACCAGCAUUUCUGUUUAACACAAAGAAUGUGGUUCAUUCCUUUUAUUCAUUACGUUUACCUUUCGAGUGCAUCAUACUUUUUCAUGGUGUUAGAAAGGUAACCAUAGAACACAGUUCUGUCUAAGUGCAUGCAUUCUAGAAAAUAUCAGUGGCAUUUGUUUGUUUUACCUGGUCUCUCUGGAGGCGAAGAGUCGCAAUCAUUCCCCGUUACCGGACUCAUCUUCAAUCUCUCUUUUCCUCAGUGUCACAGAGCUGACAGUAGUAAUAAUAAUAAUAAUAAUUAACACUCCUUGCCAAGUGGUUGAAGUUCUUCAUUAAUGUUCUCUUAUAUGCUGUAGUCUAUUUUUGUAUUGAUCGUGGUGUUUUACAGGUUUUGUUGUUUCUUUUUGUUUGGAAACUGUUGUAAUAAUGGACUUUUGGCUCACAGGUGAUAUUAGAAGAGGCCGUUGUGAUCACUCUACUACAGACCUGUCCAAAGAAAAUGGCUGCUAUGGUGCACACUCACAGUCAGUGGUGCUUUGAAGCCAAGAGGAGAGCGAGAAUGAACAAAAAAAAAAAAGAAAGAGAGAGAGAAAGAGAGAGAUAAUGAUAAAAGGUAAAACAGAAGCUAGUUGACUGUUCUUCUUCAAAACAUGAAGACCAAAGCCCAGGACUGUCUGCUUAACUGUGCUUCCUUCACACUAGUGGCUUGGUUUAGCUGGAGCUCAGAGGUUUGGCUUGAGCUCCUGAUAGUUCUGUUGGGUUCCUGUUUUUGGGCCCCCCCAUUGUAAGUUGUUACUUUGUGCUUUAAGAGAAAAACAUGAAAAUCACAAACUUGAAGAAAAAAAGAAAAAAAAAUUGUCGCACUUUUUUUGCCAGUGUUGCAGAUCAGUUAGGCCCUGUAGGCCUUCCAGCUUUUUUUUUUUUUUUUUUCCCAACAACCAUCCCUAACUGAAACAAGCUCUUAAAAAAGUCUGAAAUCUACAUUCUCACACACCUAGUGAUUACCGCUGUAGGUCUAUUUACUCAGGAAUAGAAAGCUCCCCUAAGAAGUUCUCCUCUACUAGAUCUGA